GGGACUCCUGAGACUGCCUCACAGGGGUGGCCAGUGCCGGCAGCGAGGGCCAGGGGAAGGCAGACAGGCAAAGGUGGGAGAGACACAGCAAAGGAACGGCAGCGAGAAAGAGAAAGACUCCAGAAGAGACAAGAACCCCCCCAACAUUCGUCCACAUCGCCGCAAGGGGCAAACAGAGCCAGCCUGGGAGAAGGUCUGCUGCCCGUCCGUCCCCAUGGGCCGCUGUGGGCCAUGGCUGCACACGUCUGUCCUCUGGGCUGCCGUGGCCAGCCUGCUCCUCCCUCCGGCCAUGACCCAGCAGCUGAGAGGGGCUGGGCCCGGCCCCAGCAACUGGAACAACAAUGCAGGAGUCUCCUCAGAGGACAUGUCAGGUGAGUUCGGCCACCCCACCCACAGCCACGGAGGCCACGGAGACCCGAGCGAGGGUGUUUUCACGGACAGCGGGCCUCCGUUCUGGAGCCACAGAGACCGCGGGGAAGAGGACGAAGACGUCUCCGGGGGAUAUGGUCACCGACUCCAAGGCCACAGGUCCCAAGGCCGCGAGGCCGGAGACGAGAAUGUCUCUGAUGAGGAGGUCUUCGCAGAGCGUGGCCACGGGAAUGACCACGUGGAUGAUUCAGCAGCGCAUGGGCACCACUUCCCCAGCCACAGGAGCCACGGCCAUCAAGACGAGGAUGAGAACGAAGUUGUGUCCAGUGAGUAUCAACAUCACAUGAUGAGGCAGGUACACCGAGGCCACGGAGAAGAAGAGGAGGAGGAAGAGGAGGGUGUUUCUAUUGAAUAUGGACACCAGACCCAUAAGCACCGAGGCCACAGAGAAGAAGAAGAAGAAGAUGAUGAUGAUGACGAUGAUGAUGAUGAUGAUGAUGAUGAUGAUGAUGGCUCUAAUGAGUAUGGCCUCCAGGCCCACGGGUCCCAAGCCCACAGGAAGGAAAAAGAUGACGAUGACUCAGAUGAACACCACCACCGUGUCCCUGGCCACGGACACCAAGGCCACAGAGAAGAAGAAGAAGAUGAUGAUGAUGACGAUGAUGAUGAUGCCUCCACUGAGUAUGGACACUGGGCGUACAGGCACCAAGACCACAGCAAGCAAGAGGAUGAAGAUGACUCAGAUGAGGAUGAACACCACCACCGUGUCCCUGGCCACGGACACCAAGGCCACAGAGAAGAAGAUGAGGAUGAGGAUGAGGAUGAAGAUGCCUCCAUCAAGUACGGACACCCAGCCCACAGGCACCAAGGCCACGUGGAGGACGAGGAUGCAGUCUCGGACGAGCACCACCAUCAUGCCCCCAGCCGCGGACAUCCAGGCCAUGGUGACAAGGAAGACGAGGGUGAGGAUGUGUCCACUGAACACUGGCACCAGCUUUCCAGACAUACUCCCCACAGCCUUGGAGAUGAGGAGGAGGAGGAGGAGGAGGAGGAGGCCACAGUCAAGUUCAGUCACCACGUUGCCAGCUACCGACCGCCAGGCGCCAAGAGCACCGAGGAGGAGUACUUCCCAGACGAGUACAAAGCAGAAGUCCCCGAGGAGGAAGACGAGGACAGCUCUGCCAAGCUGGGCCACCAAGCUCCCAGCCAUCGUCAACAAGGCCACGGCGAUGAAGAGACCGGCCAGAAAGCGUCCAUCAAAGAAAUCAGCCCCCAGGCCCCAGAGCACACCGGGGUCAAGGAUAGAAGCCAUCUGGGGGAAAGAGAUUCUGAGGAGGAAGAGGAAGAGGAAAAAGAAGAGCACAGCUCCCAGGAGGAAGAUGAGGAAGAUUCAGAGCAGGAAGAAGAAGGCACCCACCAAGGCAGCCGGGCCCAGGAGGACGCGGACGAUGAGGAGGAAGGCCAUGGCCUCCGCCUGAGCCAGGAGGAGCAGGAGGAUGAAGAAGAAGAAGAGGAGAGGAGAGAAGAGAGGACUGAGGUUCAGGCCCCACUGAGCCAAGACCACCGCCGGGAGGAAGACGAGGAGGAGGGGCUGGAGGAAAACCGGCUUCCCUUCACCAUCAUCCCCAACCCACUGGCCAGGAGGGAGGUGGCUGGAGGUGGCCCCAGCGAGGAAGAGAGCGGCGAAGCCGGUCCGCAGGACGCCCAAGAGUACGGCAACUACCAGCCAGGGUCCCUGUGUGGCUACUGCUCCUUCUGCAAUCGAUGCACUGAAUGUGAGAACUGCCACUGUGACGAGGAGAACAUGGGAGAGCACUGUGACCAGUGCCAGCAUUGCCAGUUCUGCUACCUCUGCCCGUUGGUCUGCGAAACUGUCUGCACCCCAGGAAGCUACGUCGACUAUUUCUCCUCGUCCCUGUACCAGGCCCUGGCGGACAUGCUGGAAACUCCGGAACCCUAACCCGGCCCCGCGGCUGCGGCGCAGACGUCCCUCCCUGACCCUCCAGCACCUUCCCACGAGCCAUAUUUAUUUCUCUGAAUAAACGUGACCCCCGAAACCUCACUGUCAGGCGUAGGGUCUGGCUUCCCGGGGCACCGAGGGACUCGGGACUCGUGGGUCAGAGGACGCGGAGCCCGUGCUCCCGGGGCCUCGGGGCGGGUGGUCGGUUGAAGGUCCUGAUAAAUAAAUCAGUCAACACGG